AUCUCCUCAGUCAGUCAUUAAGUCUCAGUAAUAACCUCUCAGGUGUGUGUGUGUGUGUGUGUGUUUGUGUGUGUUUAGUAGUAGUGCUGUAGCAGCGCCGCGCCGCUGUGUUUUUAUUUCUUUCCACCGGAGUGAGGUGAGACAGUGCAUUGCGUAACCACGGGAUGGACGUUAGCUUUAGCGUGUAGCUCCGUAAUGAGCGAGCUGAAGCGGAGGUAGCUUCACGUGCGGAGGAUCCGGGGGUUUGUUUCUCGUGCUGAGUCACGUAGCGGAUGUCGCUGCGGCGCUGCGCGGCUCGCUCCGGGUCUCCGGCGGUGCUGGAGCCUGUGGCGGGCAGGGAGCUGUUCGAGGCCUGCCGGAGCGGAGAGCUGGAGCGGGUCAAGAAGCUGCUCACAGCCGAGACCGUCAACAGCAGAGACACCGCGGGCCGCAAGUCCACCCCGCUGCACUUCGCCGCCGGAUUUGGCCGUAGAGAUGUGGUGAGCUACCUGCUGCAACACGGCGCUAACGUUCACGCGCGGGAUGACGGCGGCCUCAUCUCGCUCCACAACGCCUGCUCGUUCGGCCACGCCGAGGUGGUCAACCUGCUGCUGGAGCACGGAGCAGACCCGAACUCCAGAGACAACUGGAACUACACGCCUCUCCACGAGGCAGCUAUCAAGGGCAAGAUCGACGUCUGCAUCGUUCUGCUGCAGCAUGGAGCUCUGCCGAGCAUCCGAAACACAGAUGGGAGGACGGCCCUGGACCUAGCCGAGGCCUCCGCUAAGGCUGUCCUGACCGGCGAGUACAGGAAGGAUGAACUUCUCGAGAGUGCAAGGAGUGGAAACGAGGAGAAGCUGAUGAGCCUGCUCACUCCUUUGAAUGUGAACUGUCACGCCAGUGAUGGAAGAAAGUCGACGCCCCUGCAUCUGGCCGCAGGCUACAAUCGGGUGAAGACGGUGCAGCUGUUGCUGCAGCAUGGCGCUGACGUCCACGCCAAAGACAAAGGUGAUCUGGUGCCUCUCCAUAACGCCUGCUCAUACGGCCAUUAUGAGGUGACUGAACUGCUCCUAAAGCAUGGUGCCUGCGUGAACGCGACGGACCUGUGGCAGUUCACGCCGCUGCACGAGGCCGCGUCCAAGAACCGCAUGGAGGUGUGCUCCCUCCUGCUGAGUCACGGCGCCGACCCCACCUUUUUCAACUGCCACAACAAGAGCGCCAUCGACCUGGCGCCCACAGCACUACUGAAGGACCGCCUGGCCUAUGAGUUCAGGGGUUAUGCGUUACUUCAGGCAGCGCGCGAGGCCGAUCUCUUCCGCCUUAAAAAACACAUCUCGCUGGACAUCAUCAACUUCAAACAUCCCCAAACCCACGAGACGGCUCUGCACUGCGCGUCUGCGUCACUUUACCCUAAGAGGAAGCAAGUGUGUGAAAUUCUGCUGAGAAGGGGGGCUAAUAUAAACGACAAGACAAAAGACCUCCUGACGCCACUGCAUCUCGCUGCUGAGAUGUCCCACAAUGACAUCAUCGACCUGUUAAUCAAACACGAAGCCAAAGUCAACGCACUGGACAGUCAGGGGCAGACGCCGCUGCACAGGGCCGCUCAGUGCGGACAUCUGCAGAGCUGUAGGCUGCUAAUGAGCGCUGGCUCGGACCCGCUCAUCACUUCACUGCAGGGCUUCACACCCUCCCAGCUCUCCAACGACUCCAUCCAGGACGUACUCCAGGAAGGAGUGCUGGGAGGGAAUUUGGACACAGAGAGGCAGCUGCUGGAGGCGUCCAAGUCAGGAGAUCUGGAGACUGUAAAGAAGUUGUGUACACUACAGAACGUUAACUGCAGGGACGCAGAGGGACGUCAGUCCACACCGCUUCACUUUGCUGCCGGGUACAACCGUGUGGCCGUAGUGGAGUACCUGCUGCAGCACGGUGCUGACGUGCACGCUAAAGAUAAAGGAGGUCUGGUUCCGCUACACAACGCAUGCUCAUAUGGACACUACGAGGUGGCGGAGCUGCUGGUGAUACACGGUGCUGUGAUUAACGUGGCCGACCUGUGGAAGUUCACGCCAUUGCAUGAAGCUGCCGCAAAGGGCAAGUACGAGAUCUGCAAGCUGCUGCUUCAGCACGGCGCCGAUCCUACCAAGAAGAAUCGUGACGGGAACACACCUCUGGACCUGGUGAAAGAGGGCGACACCGACAUCCAGGACCUGCUGAGGGGAGACGCGGCACUGCUGGACGCAGCUAAGAAAGGCUGCCUGACCCGCGUGAAAAAACUCUGCAGCGCAGGGAAUGUCAACUGCAGGGACACACAGGGGCGCCACUCUACACCCCUCCAUCUGGCAGCUGGUUAUAACAACCUGGAGGUGGCGGAGUACUUGUUGCAGCAUGGCGCAGAGGUGAACUCGCAGGACAAAGGAGGUCUCAUUCCUUUACAUAAUGCUGCUUCCUAUGGGCACGUGGACGUGGCUGCUUUGCUCAUCAAGUACGACGCAUGCGUCAACGCUACCGAUAAGUGGGCGUUCACGCCGCUGCAUGAGGCUGCUCAGAAAGGGAGGACGCAGCUGUGCGCGCUUCUGCUCGCGCACGGUGCCGAUCCUGCGCUACGCAACCAGGAGGGCCAGUCGCCGCUGGACCUCGUGACGGCCGAUGAUGUCCGUGCCUUGCUGACCGCAGCCAUGCCUCCGUCUGCACUGCCGGCUCGCUACAAGCCUCAGGUCAUAAGCGUGUCGGGCGUCGGCAGUGCCGCAACCUCUGACCUCUCGUCUGGUUCUGGUUCUGGCACCCAGCCCUCCGCCUUAGACCCGGAGUCACAGGAUGGCCACUUGCCCGAGCUGCCGGGGCAGUCGGGGGCCGAGGGGGCGGUGGGAGUGGAAAAAGCCGAGGAGGGCACAGCCAUGGAACUCACCAUCAGCCAGUUUCUUCACAAACUUGGACUGGAACAUCUUCUGGGGAUCUUCGACCGGGAACAGAUCACUCUGGAUGUGCUGGUGGAAAUGGGGCACAAAGAGUUAAAGGAGAUCGGCAUCACCGCUUAUGGCCACAGACACAAAAUCAUCAAGGGAGUGGAGAGGUUCAUUACCGGGCCUCAGAGUCUGAAUCCUUAUUUAACUCUGAACACGGCCAACAGUGGAACCAUACUGAUCGAUUUGGCCUCGGACGACAAGGAAUUUCAGUCAGUUGAAGAGGAGAUGCAAAGCACAAUUCGAGAGCACAGAGAUGGCGGUCACGCCGGGGGAGUUUUCAAUAGAUACAACAUUGUUAAGAUUCAGAAGGUGUGCAAUAAGAAGCUGUGGGAGAGAUACACACAUCGCAGGAAGGAGGUGUCUGAGGAGAACCACAAUCACUCCAACGAGCGCAUGCUCUUCCACGGUUCUCCAUUCGUAAACGCCAUCAUCCACAAAGGCUUUGACGAGAGACACGCCUACAUCGGAGGCAUGUUCGGGGCCGGGAUCUACUUCGCCGAGAACUCCUCUAAGAGCAACCAGUACGUGUAUGGUAUAGGAGGAGGCACCGGAUGUCCACUUCACAAGGACAGGUCAUGUUAUGUGUGUCAGAGGCAGCUGCUGUUUUGUCGUGUAACUCUUGGGAAGUCCUUCCUCCAGUUCAGCGCCAUGAAGAUGGCCCACUCUCCACCGGGACACCACUCGGUGUCGGGCAGACCCAGCGUUAACGGCCUCGCCCUCGCCGAGUACGUCAUCUACAGAGGAGAGCAGGCUUAUCCUGAAUAUUUGAUCACCUAUCAGAUUAUACAACCGGACGGGACUCUGGAUUAACACUUGACUCUUCAGAAAGGACUGUUUUGUUUUUUUGGAGGGUUUUUUUGCACACUGCAUGCACAUCCUCAGUAAUACGCUGUAUAGAAAUGUAUGUUCCGUUCCAUCUUUUUUACUUUCCUUCCUUUGCACUUCUCAUCGUACAGAGUUAAGUGUUUUUACUCAUCCUGUGCACUGACAUCUGUCCUCCUCCACAGCAAGAUCUCAAUCGGUCAGUCUAUAACACUGUAAAUGUACAACUUUCAAGAAGCCUAAUGCAUUACAAAUGUGACUUAUUUAUUUAUUUUACACAACUCUAAAACAAUUUGUACAUAGUUUUUUUUUGUACCAGCAUGUUGAUUUAUUGAUAUUGAUAUUUGUAUUUAAAAGAUUCUAUGCUUGGACGAUGUAAUGUAUAACACGUAUGCCAGUUCCAGAGGUACUCAUGGUUUGCUGGUAAUCCAGGUAAAGCUACAGGAUGUAAGAUUUUGGAAUUUCGCCCUCUCUUGGGAAUGGGGUCAAGGGGUAAUAAAUACAUUGUGAAGCUACUUGUGAAAGAACAUUCUGUAAUUUGGGCAUCUCCUGACUGGGAAUGUCAGUUUAUGAGGUCUCAGACAAGUUAUACGACUAAAUAACAGUAACAGCAAGGACGCUCAGUUAUGUGUGGCUGGGUGUUUCCCGAGAAUAUAUAGUCCGCUGAAGUUUACAGGAUUGCAUGACUACAGGGUAAAUUUAGAGUCACCGGACUCUAGUAGGCUAGAUGACCAAACCUGACCAAAAGAAAAAAAGGUUUAUUAUUUUGUUCUGUAGCUUUCCAAAAACAUCUUGUAAGCUUGCUAGCUCAAAUCCUUCAUUAGAUGAUCAGCGAAUGGUUAACAGAGAGCGCACAGUUGACUCUCUUAUGAUAUAGCCAAGUUUGAAAUACAGGUAUCCCCGACUUACGAUCAUCCGAGUUACAAAUUUCUGCAGAUGCAAACUGACUGUGGUUCUACUACCGGUUCAAUUCUGGAAGUAGUUUACAUUUGCAUUACAUUUAGGCAUUUGGCAGACGCUCUUAUCCUUACAAAAAGUUCUUUGAAGUUUCCGUCAUUGGAUAUAUCCUUAAUCUGGGUUACUGGGUAACUAACUAAGUGGCAAACGCAGUUGGGAAGGGGAUUUUAAAAAUUUUUGGGCCCCUUGGGAGAUUCAGUCCAGGAGCACGAUGAUGGAAAAUGGUUGUCCUGUAAAGCUGUCCUGAUCGUGGAAAAGUCCAAUACAGUGGAAAACAGCUCAAAAUGGAAAGGAAACAGUGGGGGAAAAAACAAAAUUGAUUGGUAUGUUUUACGUUGUGUAUAUAUACGUGUCAAAGGAGUACAAGACUUACAAACCUGCUUCAGGAACAGAACUCGUUCGUAAGUCAGGGACUACCUGUAUAAAGAAACGCCUCUUGUAGGUCUGACGGAGCUGCCGCUGGUCAACAGGCACAGCAGGGAACUACUUGAUGCCCCAGGCCAGUAGGGGGCUGACAAACUUGUUAAUUGUUAUAAGAUAAUCCAUGAUGAACGCUGAUUGAAAUAAUUGUCUCAACUCAACUACAAAUUUUUUGCCUAGGGCCCCAAGAGACCCUAGAAUUGCCCUCUGUCUAUAGUACUCAACUACUGGCUAGUAGUUACAGGCUAGUCUCUCUCUUUCUCUAGGGUGUGACUAUGUAGGGAUUUUCUUGUGCCUAAAGUUGGCCGUGAUGACUUUUUUCCUUUUUCACAGUCAUGUGUACAAAUUUCUAGCCGAUUCCGAUCCGACGUGUGAUUACAGGAUUAUCAGGGUGACUCAGCUCAGGAACAUCAUGUUAUACUAAAAUUUAUUGUCCCCUCAGUCAGUUAUUUUUUUUAUAUUAUUUUUUUCUAAAAAAAUAAUAAAUCUUACACACUGUAGCUUUCACACCACAGCUUACACUAGAAACAUUACUAAAUAUUGUUACACAAUUAAGGCAUUAAAUCAAUUCUUCUUGCUGUCAGUUUUAUUCCAUUUCAGUGGUGCUGUGUUCUUUUCAAGGUAUCCUACGCGUACACAAGAUGGAUAUUUGUAAAGGACAAUCUCGUAACUUUUUAAACAGCAGCGAGUUUUCUGCAUUUCUGUAUCGCUUUAAUGCAUCCUCAAGAAAAGGCGCUUAACUCUGCAAUGUUGUGUAGCGACAAGCGCACACAUGAUUUAAGCUAAUUAUUAGUCAGCUUUCACUUGCAUGGACCCUAUCUUCCAACAAAAAAAUUUAAAUAAAAUCUAAUAACGAUGACCACACCUUAAUCGGUGCAUGUAUUGCAGUAGUGAGCCAAUUCGCAACUUUAGCAAGUUCUACAAAAUCUGAUUUAAGAAAGUAAAAUGCCAGGAAAACUUUAAUAAUAUAUAUUUUUUAAUGAUGAUUCAUUGUAAAUUUAUCUGCUUUAAUGAAACUGGACCAAUUUUAACUUCAUAGCUAGGAUUUUGCCAGUUUUCGAUUACAUCAUAUUUAAUUGAAGCUUUAAUUAGGGCAAGUUUAAAUCCUUAACAAACAAUCAAAUACAUCUUUAGAUCAUAUAAGCAAAAUACUAAAAGACGAUAAGAAAGCAGAUGGCUUAAAUGAAUAAAACUGCACCGGUUUAAUUUUACAGAGACACCAAAGAUGAAAUAAAUGAAAAUGAAACAAGUUGCUAAAAUGCGCGUACACUUGUUUUCCGAUCGGGUGUCCCGUAAGCAACCCUGACAUUUCAUUAUAAGAGCCUGUGAGACCACUUUUUCAUGUUUUACAUUCAUAAGCAGCUUUCAAUAAAUUGUAAAAUGUAAAAAAAAAAAAAUUAGGAGAUCCCCCAAAUUGGUCGUCCAGUGAUCGGGCAUUCAAUCUAUUAUCCGGAGAUGGCGAGCUCGAAACCUGCUACAGCCAUCUCUACCUGAGAGUCUAGGGAACAGAUCGCACCCUCUCACAUCACUCAGAGCGGCACCAGCCAAUCAUGGGCCUAUUCGCUUUAUUCCCGCCCCCUUAUCGGCGUCAUUUGUCUCAGAGGAUCCCACUGACAGACUUUGUAGAAUUCUCAUGUUUAGUCGGAUUUUAUUUGUAAUUGUUUUUUACUAAAGAAAAGUUACACAUUUUUUGUAUAUGUUAUCAAUUAUAGUUUAGCACCAACCAAAAAUCUGUAUCAUCGGGUCAGACAUCGGUUGUCCAUGAAAAAUGCAAUCAGUUCAUCUCCAGUAUUAAUUGACGUUUACCUUUUAAACAUGGCAAACCUCUCCAAUAAUAUGACAGAUGAUGUAUUGUUUUAUUACUAAUUAAUACAAACAUUUAGCACUUAACCUGGGCACGAGGCAACAAACAAGCCCUCGUGCAGCUGUUCAUUCAUAAGAAGAAGGCUGUGUUGAAAACAACAUUGGUAAUGCAGACAGUUUUCACUGAGACUUUUCCUAACAGCCGGUCUGAACAGCAGAACCGAGUUACACAAGACUCCAGCGAACGUCGUUGUUACGUCAUGUCUCUGACUCUCUGCGACUUGUUUGUUAUGCAUGGAAUUCUUUUGUAAUGUCAUGUUUGAGAUGCUUUGCUUUGUGCGUCUUCAGUGUUCCAUUACAGGGACAAUAAAUGCAAAACGAAAGAGA